UGCAGCUCCCAAAGGACCCUGAUCUCUCCAGGCCCAGCCUGCCCUGCAGCGAGUGCCCCACUAGCUUCCCCUCCCCUGACCGAGCACUGGAGUCCAGGAUAGGUUUUGGUUUCCUUUCUGCUCAGGGCCUUCCUCCUGCAGGCCCAAGGGGGCAGGGCAUAGGGAGUAUCCUUAGUGGGGGGCGUGGCCUGCACUGUAUAAAGCAGACCCCCAGCUCCUCAUCAGAGCUGCACCAGGACUGCACCAUGUGUGACAGUAGUGGGAAGAAGCGUCACUCCUCAGGGAAGAAAGCCAGAGAAGGAGGUGCGGCUCCUCCGUCCAGCCAUCUCUCGCUCGGUGGAGAUGCUCAUCGGGCAGAGACAGCCCAGGCCCGGGUGCCUGAGAACGACCUGGGCAGGCAGUACGAGGAGAAGGUGCGGCCCUGGAUGGACCUCAUCGACUCACUGCGGGCCCUGGGCGUGGAGCAGGACCUGGCCCUGCCCACCAUCGCGGUCAUCGGGGACCAGAGCUCGGGCAAGAGCUCCGUGCUGGAGGCUCUGUCGGGAGUCGCCCUCCCCAGGGGCAGCGGCAUCGUCACCAGGUGCCCUCUGGUGCUGAAACUGAAGAAGCUGAAGCAAGAUGAAGAGUGGAGAGGCAAGGUCAGCUACAUGGGCACUGAGAAGGACAUCUUGGAUCCUCCCAAGGUAGAAGAGGAAAUCAACCGAGCCCAGAACUUCAUCGCCGGGGACGGGCUGGGAAUCAAGGACGAGCUCAUUAGCCUGGAGAUCAGCUCCCCCUGCGUCCCGGAUCUGACGCUCAUCGACCUGCCCGGGAUCACCCGGGUGGCUGUGGGCAAUCAGCCGGCCGACAUCGGUGCCCAGAUCAAGCGGCUCAUCAGGAAGUACAUUGAAAAGGCCGAGACCAUCAACUUGGUCGUGGUUCCCAGUAACGUGGACAUCGCCACCACAGAGGCGCUGAGCAUGGCGCAGGAGGUGGACCCCGAUGGAGACAGGACCAUAGGAGUCUUGACAAAGCCCGAUCUAGUAGACAGAGGCACUGAAGACAAGGUGGUGGAGGUGGUGCAGAACCUGGUGUGCAACCUGAAGAAGGGCUACAUGAUCGUCAGGUGCCGUGGCCAGCAGGACAUCCAGGAGCAGCUGAGCCUGGCAGAGGCCCUGCAGAGGGAGCGGGCCUUCUUUGAGGACCACCCACACUUCAGGGUGCUGCUGGAAGACGGAAAGGCCACAGUGCCGUUUCUGGCGGAGAGACUGUCCGCUGAGCUCAUCACGCACAUCCGUAAAUCGCUGCCGCUGUUGGAAAAUCAAAUAAAGGAGCGUCACCAGAAGAUAACAGAGGAGCUGCAGAAGUACGGCAGGGACGUCCCAGAGGAUGAGAAUGGGAAAACGAUCUUCCUGAUCGAGAAAAUUACUACCUUUAAUCAGGACAUCACUGCUCUAGGCCAAGGGGAGGAAAACAUAGAUACCAAUGGCACCCGGCUGUUUGCCAAACUCCGAAGGAAGUUCACAUCUUGGAGUGACGUGAUUGAAAAGCAUUUUAGAAAAGGUUAUGAUGGUUUACAGAGUGAAGUCUGGAAAUUUGAAAGUCAACAUCGUGGCAGAGAGUUGCCCGGGUUUGUGAACUACAGGACUUUUGAGAAGAUCAUUAAAAAGCACCUCAAGGCCCUGGAGGAGCCGGCUGUGGACAUGCUGCAUGAUGUCACUGAUAUGGUCCGGAAGGCCUUCACGGGUGUUUCUGAAAACAACUUUACUGAGUUUUUUAACCUCCACAGAACCACCAAGAACAAAAUUGAAGAAAUUCAAUUGAGUCAAGAAGCAGCGGCGGAGAAGGCGAUCCGAGUUCACUUCCAGAUGGAGCAGAUCGUGUACUGCCAGGACCAGGCCUACCGGGGAGCCCUGCAGAAGGCCAGGGAGGAGGAAGCUGAGGAGGAGGAGGAGCGGAGGAGCAAGGUCUCUCUGUAUGCAAAGAACACUGCUAUGGCCGAAAUCCUGCAGCACCUGAACGCCUACUGCCAGGAGGUUCACAACCGCAUGUCCACCCACAUCCCCCUGAUCAUCCAGUACUACGUCCUGCAGGUGUUUGGCCAGCAGCUGCAGAGCGCCAUGCUGCAGCUGCUGCAAGACAAGGAGGCCUGCGCCUGGCUCCUGAAGGAGCGGAGCGACACCAGUGAGAAGAGGAAGUUCUUGAAGGAGCAGCUGGCACGGCUGGGCCAGGCCCGGCACAAGCUUGCCAAGUUCCCCGGUUAACCCUCCUGCCAAGCCCAGGGGAGAAGGUCCCAGGGCUCUCCUGACAGCUGCGCGGGGUGAGGUAGCGGCUUAACAGAUAUGCAGCAGUCAGAGGUUGGAGGCCGGACCUCCGCUUGUUAUCCAGUAGCACACGGGAACCAGGAGCAGUCGGGAGUGCAAUUUGGUUUCAGCGCUAAGAAGACAGCCCAUCCCAAAGCCCAGGCUGCAUGCUGGGGGAAGAAGCCACCAUCCAGAAAGGGACAAGAAUGUCACCACGGGACCCUGCCUCCCCACCAACCCCCCACCCCAGCUCAGGAAGGUUCCUUCCUGGUCUCUCUGGAACCAGGGCAGCAGGAUCGGCCUGGUGCUUGCACAGCGGCCUCUCUGUUCCUGAUAAAUGGCUACUGUGUGACGCUUGCCUACUAAGCUUUGUGUUUGGGGGAACCUAAAGCAACAGCAGGAGGCAGAGGUGGCACAAAGCAAUGGACACCAAGCUGCCCCUGGCAGGCGGGGAAAGGAAGGGUCGGAGAGAGGGGACAGUGACAGGACUAGGAGGCACAUGUGAGGCCCUUCUCUGAGCUCAGGGACAGACCCUGUCUGGAGCACAGGCUGUACUGGGAGCAGUGGGCAGAGUCAAUUCCUCUCCCAUGCUUGGUGGAGAGGGCAGAGGAUGCACGCACAGCUCAGGUGCUCCCAGCACAGCGAGCAGGGGACACCACAGUCCUGCCUCUGGUCCUUCGAUGAUGCACUAAACAUGUUCAGCGAUCCAGACGUGAACACGCACAGCCAAGCCGAAUCUGCCCCAAGGUUUGAGAGAGCAGAGGGACAAACACAGCAGGAAGAGAGGAGGAACCCUUAUUCCAGAUCAGUCACCCGUCAGGUAGGCGGGGGCUCAGGGAAAGGGCAGUGCUCUUAGCAGAGGUGACCUGCAGGUCCCCAGGGGUACGGUCCCCAGCUGUUCCCAGGGCGCCCGUCAGAGGUGCCGUCACAGCAGAGUAACACUGCACUGCCCAGUGAGGUGUGGGCCUUCAGGUGCAUUGACAGCUGGGGCAGCUGGGGCCUUUAUUCUGGUUUCUCCUCCUUUCCUGGUAACCCUCUGUGUCUGUGGCUCAGAGGACUCCUGGCAGGGCCCAGGAAACACGGGUGCUGUGGAGGGAGGGCAGUGCUCCCUGCACCCAGGGCCUUACCUCUUCACACCUCUGUGUCCCGCCUGUGCUCCUCUGUGGGCCCGAACUGUCUCAGGGAGGCCGGGUCUUGUCCAGGCCCUCGGGUCCCCGGUGUGAAUUUAGUGGGGAGCCCUGGUGUUGUGCUGGGAGGGGCUCGAGUGGGUGGGCACCUCGGUGGGUUCCUCCCAGGCCGUGCCCGCCGACACCUGUGUGAGAUUCCCACAGGCCCACUUCGCCAGUUCCAUGCCCGCUUCUGCUCGAGGCAGGGCCUAGCAGCCAUUUCAGACACCUUUGCUCCUCUCCGUGGAACUGCCGCCCUCUGAGCCUGGCUUUUCCAGUCCUCAAACUGUCAGUCUGGGCACUGUGUAGCUGGAGGGCGCCCAGCUCCGCCUCGGGGAUCAGGGAGCUCUCUCUGGGCUCAGCCCAGCGCAGGCAGCCCCUUGCCCCCCUGUGUCCCCUACAACACAACUCUGGCUCCUCAGGCCCCUCCUCUAGCAGGUCCCGCGUGUGUCCUCCCUCAGGUCCCCGGGGCUCUGCGAGGGGCUCUGGGCAGCCACUGGGCAGUGCUGUGAGUGCU